UGACGUGCACGGCCUAAAACUGUAGAGGACUAGAGGAAGGGGAGCCUCUCUCAUCUUCCUCCUUUAAAACAACACCCAUUGCCAUUCCUCUUUCUAUCUCUGUCUAUUAAAUCCCACACCCCCCUUUAUUCUCUCAACCCCCAUUUCCACACACACAAAUUGCUUCUCUUUUUUAAGUCCUCCAGCAAUGGCAGCUCCAAACAAGAACUAGUCUGCCUUGAAUCCCACCAUUUGAAGGACCGUGCAGUGUCUCAGUCCUCAUUGCUUGAGAGCAUUCUGGUAAUCAUUUUUUGGACUAAUCAAUAAGAAAAAGAUCAGAAGGGAUAACAAGGAUGAAGAGAGGACUUGCUUGUUGCACCCGGGACAGGGAGAUUAGCAUCGACUUUGAUGAGCAAGAGAGAAUAAUGACAUACAAUGGCCUUGAAAAUUGCAUUCUGAAUGUACAAUCUUUUGAGAAUGAGAGCGGAACAAGUAGAGGAGAUGGGUUUGCAACUGACUCACUGGAUGAUGAUGCUUCCACCUGUUCUUCUGGCAAAGAUGCUUUUGGCUCAUUCUCUUCAAAAUGGUUGACAGUGAACAAAGAUGACCAUGGUCUGGAUGAAUGGGAGCACUUAGACAGUCCCAAGAAUUUCUAUGUCAAAGAAAAACCUGCUUACGCACUCCAGUAUACAGAUGUGGAGGCAAUGAAAGAAAAGUUUGCAAAGCUGCUAUUGGGUGAAGAUAUUACAGGAGGGUACAAUGGCCUCAGCACUGCUUUAGCAUUGUCAAAUGCCAUCACAAAUCUAGCAGCAACGGUUUUUGGAGAGCUGUGGAAACUGGAACCACUAUCUGAAGAGAGGAAAACAAAAUGGCAAAGAGAAAUGGACUGGUUGCUCUCCCCUACCAACUAUAUGGUUGAGCUGGUUCCUUCCAGGCAAAAUGGUGCUAAUGGCCGGACAUUAGAGAUUAUGACUCCGAAAGCUCGUGCAGACAUACACAUCAAUCUUCCAGCACUUAAGAAGUUGGACUCGAUGCUUAUUGAAACACUUGAUUCAAUGGUGGAUACUGAGUUUGGGUAUGUAGAAGGUGGUAGCAGGGCAGAAGGACGAAACAGAACUCCAGGUCAGAGCAAGAGAUGGUGGCUCCCAUCACCCCAGGUACCAGCUACUGGACUCUCUGAUACAGCAAAGAAUAAGUUACUUAAACAGGGUAAGGUGGUACAUCAAGUAUUCAAGGCUGCCAGAACCAUCAACGAAAGUGUUCUUCUUGAAAUGCCUGUGCCAACCAUUAUCAGGGAUGCACUACCCAAGUCAGGAAAAGCAAGCCUGGGUGAGGAACUGUACAAGGUCUUAACUGCAGAAUCAAGCUCAGCUGAGGAAAUGCUUAAUUCUCUCAAUCUAAAAUCCGAACAUAAUGCCCUCGAGGUCAUCAACAGGCUGGAAGCUGCUGUAUUUUCGUGGAAAGAAAGAAUUACAGAACAAGAAAGUGGUAGAUCCCCUGUUCGAACAUCAUGGUCCUUCAUUAAGGACCCAAUGUCUGAGAUUGAUAAGAUGGAGUCCCUAUCGGAUCGAGCAGAAAGACUAGUACAGCGGCUCAAGAACAGAUACCACAACCUUCCCCGAACUUUUCUUGACGUCACAAAAAUCCAAUAUGGCAAGGAUGUUGGGCAUUCAAUCUUGGAAGCAUAUUCUCGAGUCCUUGGAAAUUUGGCUUUCAGCAUACUGUCUAGAAUAGGUGAUAUACUGCAAGAAGAUGCUCUGAACACUCCCAGUUCAUUUUCAGUAUCAUCUUACUUCCCAGGGAUUAAUUUUACUAAUAACUUAGAAACUUCAGUGCUUGGCCAAAACAUAAGAUACUCAUUCCUUGAUCGAAGCAGUGGGGAUCACCGUAAUUCUGACUCUACUUCAUCUAAUAUUGAUUUAGAGUUUUCGUACAGUGUGACUAAAGGAAGUCCUGUAACAGCAACACCAAGUCGGGCUAGGGUUUGGUGCAUUGGUAGAGAGGCUUGUAUCAGUGUUUCCCCUACAAAUUCCCCUUGAUGACAACUUUGGUCUGAAGGAACUCUUAUUGUAAAUGAGUAUCAUAUAUUUAAUGCAAUACAAAUCCGUUCUACUC